AUCAGAAUGGAGCCUGCCGGGACGCAUUACUAGGGCGACGGCUGGACGCCUCCUCGCUUUGGGAUGAAUUAGCGGCGGGUUCUGCCCGGAGGUUGUGACCCCUUCGGAGUCCCAGGCUAGUCCUCGCGCCCCCCACGGCGUCGCACGGAGUCCCCUGCCAGUGACAGGUGGGAGGCUGGAACUGUCAGGCUGAAAGACAGAGUUGAGAUUCUCUUCUGGGAAGCUGGCAACAAAAGGAGGAUAUGAUAUCUUGUGUUCCAGGGAAAAAUAAAUUGUGAUGCUACUGAACCCAUGGGCAAUUAACAAGGCAGUUACUAGCUACUGAAUGUACCUUCUGAAAUCAGGACUGUAAAAGCUUUGGAAUCAUGAUGUCAUGGAAAGGGAUUUACUUUAUACUCACUCUGUUUUGUGGAAGCUUUUUUGGAAGCAUUUUCAUGCUGAGUCCCUUUUUACCUUUGAUGUUUAUAAACCCAUCUUGGUAUCGCUGGAUCAACAACCGCCUUGUGGCAACCUGGCUCACACUACCUGUGGCAUUGUUGGAGACCAUGUUUGGUGUAAAAGUGAUUAUAACAGGUGAUGCAUUUGUUCCUGGAGAAAGAAGUGUCAUUAUCAUGAACCAUCGGACAAGAAUGGACUGGAUGUUCCUGUGGAACUGUCUGAUGAGAUAUAGCUACCUCAGGUUGGAGAAAAUUUGCCUCAAAGCCAGUCUCAAGAGUGUUCCUGGAUUUGGUUGGGCCAUGCAGGCUGCUGCCUAUAUCUUCAUUCAUAGGAAAUGGAAGGAUGACAAGAGACAUUUUGAAGACAUGAUUGAUUAUUUUUGUGAUAUCCGUGAACCACUUCAACUCCUCAUAUUCCCAGAAGGGACUGAUCUCACAGAAAACAGCAAGGCUCGAAGUAAUGAAUUUGCUGAAAAGAAUGGACUUCAGAAAUAUGAAUAUGUUUUACAUCCAAGAACUACAGGCUUUACUUUUGUUGUAGACCAUUUAAGAGAAGGUAAGAACCUUGAUGCCGUCCAUGACAUCACUGUAGCGUAUCCCCACAACAUUCCUCAGUCAGAGAAGCACCUGCUCCAGGGAGACUUCCCCAUGGAAAUCCACUUUCACGUCCACCGAUAUCCAAUAGACACCCUCCCCACAUCCAAGGAGGACCUUCAGCUCUGGUGCCACAAGCGGUGGGAAGAGAAAGAAGAGAGGCUGCGUUCCUUCUAUCAAGGGGAGAAGAACUUUUACUUUACUGGCCAGAGUGUGAUUCCACCUUGCAAGUCUGAGCUUAGGGUCUUUGUGGUCAAAUUGCUCUCUAUUCUGUACUGGACCCUUUUCAGCCCUGCAAUGUGCCUACUCAUAUAUUUGUAUAGUCUUGUGCGAUGGUAUUUUAUAAUCACCAUUGUAAUCUUUGUGCUGCAGGAGAGAAUAUUUGGUGGACUGGAAAUCAUAGAACUUGCAUGUUACCGUUUUUUACACAAACAGCCAUAUUUAAAUUCAAAAAAAAAAUAAGUAAGAUUAUAAGGUUCACAAUGUAAGAACCUAGGGGAUAUUUUGGAAAUGUUCUAAGCCUUUGUAAACUGAGAUGCAUUUUUGCAUGACUAUGUCAAAUAUUUCUUACUGCCAUCAUUAUUUGUUAAAGAUAUUUUACACUUAAUUUUGUGGGAAAAAUAUUGCUACAAUUUUUUUUAAUCUCUGAACGUAAUUUUGAUAUUGUGUAUGUAGCAGGGAGCGAUUGUUAUGAAAUAACUCGGGCCAGAAUAUUAUUAAACAAUCAUCAGGCUGUCAGCAGAUAAGGAACACACAAGGUUUUCUUAAAGACCCAAUCCUAUUUUCUAACAGACUCUCUAAGACCACAGGCAGAUCUGGAAUUCAUGAGCACUGGCUCAGACCAUGUGCUAUUUAACUGUCCAGGUCACCUUAUCAAGGUGGGCACUGUUCCUCUAGGUCCCCAGGCAGGUGGUGCCCAGGCUCCUUCCCUUAGUGCACUCCUUCCUGUGCCAAUCAGACCCAUUUCAUCCUUCCUUAAGAUCAGAACCCGGAACUCCCUUGUUCUUUAGCUGUUCAAACAUUUUGAAGGAAGCCCUUCAUUAUUCAUAGAAUCUUGUGCUAACCAAGAUGUCAGAAGACCCCCUGUUCCCAUUUAUCUUGUGAAAGAUAAGACCUGGAUGUGUCUUAGGGAGCAACCCCAGACUCCCCACUUUGAAACCUUGAUUUGAGUUUUAAAAAAUAGGAAUUAAUAUAGUUCAUGUUCUUCACUCAUACUCAACUCAGUCUUGCAUGCUUGAUGCUGGUUUUCUUACAACUUGGUGGCAUAUGUAGCUUUUUCUGCAUUAAAAAUAAAAAUGGUAUAACAUGAAGUCACUCCUUUUUUCUAAAGGAAUACUUAGAAGAACAUUCUGUUAUUGCAGCUGUUUUUUUUACAACCUACCAAAAAAGGAAGGUUGUGUUUUCUACAUGUGCAUGGAUAUCUAACAUCUGCCAUUAAAACAACAAAAAAAAUACUUGCAGACAGGGCAGUGAUGUUUUAUCCUAAAUUAUUCAACCCUGUAGGCCUGACAAAUUUUACUCUUUAAACCAAAAUGAAAACACAAAAAUAAAUCCUUUUUAAUGAUAGCAAGGGAUCUCUUUUAGUCAUAGUCUUCCUCUUUCAAUAACAAUAUUUAAACCCACUUUUGAUCGAUUGCCUAAAUAUUCCUGUCAUUUGGAGUCAGUGGAAAAUCCAGCAAACCAACAGCACCAAUCUUCUGCUGAGGCAAAAGAAACAUGUCGUUUUUGUUUUCACUCUAUUGGAGCCUUGUGCUCCUUUUUUUUUUUUUUUUUUUUUUGUCAUGUAAUAGGGAUGCUGGUCAGAGCUGCAGAAAAUAUGAGGCAAUUAAAAGUCUUUAGCUGUUAGCAAAUCUGUCAGUUUUACUUCUGCAUUGAACCAGCCUCAAAAGCUACUUACUGCAUGAUGUACUCUUUGGGCAUGAAUGCCUUCUCUUUCAUUACAUCUCAUUUUUGCUUGACAGUGACCUACCCAAUAAUUGAAUCGUGCAUUGCCAUGAAAGGUAAACACAUCGUGAGCUGAACUUUCCAAGCAGAUUCUUUGAGAAAGUGCUGGUUGAGGAUGAACAUUGUUGACACAUCAUUUUUAUUGGAAGAGCAUUAACUGGUGGUGCCUCUCCUGUAAUGUACCAACCUAUGUUUAACUGCUCCCCCAAAGCUGUUUCUAAUCCUUCUGGGAGCUACUAAUUAGUAUUAUGCACAUCUGCUCCAAACCUAGCUGUUUAACUUCGUUGUUUUUAGGGUUUGUGUUUGGUUUUUUUUAAUAAACAAAAAGAAAAACUUCUUUUUUCUUUACUUAAUAAAAGAGGUUCCUUAUUUACAUUUCUUUAAGACUUCCUUUGGUUAUAUUUGGAAACAAAUAGUUUAACAGUCAGGAUUGUAUAUUUGUCCUGGGUAAAAGAGAAGAGCUGUGCUUUUUACCCCAAAGUUGUUGGUAAUAGAGCCCAUCUGCCCUUCCUACAAACCUGCCUGGCUCAUCAAGGUAUAACUUCUAUUAAUUGCAGGUCCUCUUUAACUCUCUCAAACCUUUAAAAGGGAAAAUCUCUCUUUUUUAUUUUUUUUACUUUUUUUUUUCUUUUGAUCAUAGAAAACAUGUUUAAGAUAAAAUACAAACUUUAUAUUACCUACCCAAAAUUCAAAUGGACAUUGUAUUUGCUUUAAGAUUUAGAAAUAGUAACUCCAAUAAGUACCUUUUCUUUUUUUUUUCAAUAAGGCUUUUUAAAAAUUAGUAAUUAUUUGUGUUUUCCUAC